CUAAGGUAGGUUCGCUGUUCCCGUCCGCGAUCAUUUGUGUAUUGAGUCGAUCCACAAGUUGUACCGUUCGUGCCUCCGUUAUAUAAACGUGGAGGUGGUAAUCUUCAAAAUACGCAAUUAACGUCGCGUGGGAUUCCGAAAAGUUUGGAUUAUAUCUGAAAGACAUUCGGAAUAGACUUGCGUUGUCUCAUCUGUCAAGGAGUUUGAAUUGUCGCCUCGACUUUCACAGGUGGUGAUUGCAGGCCUGACCUGGCCAGGCAAUAGCAUGGACACUCUGCUAUAGUGGACACUGUUGAUACUGGACAUGGUGUGUGGUGAAGUCAGGGGGAUGGGGAGACACUUGGGGGCACUGGUCAUCACUGCAGUGGUCAUCUGUCAGCUGGCAGCUGCUGUACCAGGGUCUUUCUUUGGUGGUCGUCUCCCACCGAGGAAGGAGUGGAAGACGACGUACGCAUGUGAGAACAGCAAAUUACACGUGGAGUGCAAUGAGGAUGAGGUCAUCCGCAUCAUGCUGGCCAACUACGGCCGCUACAGCAUCUCCGUGUGCAACAGAUACGGCGUUACAGAGGGCUGGAACCUUCAGUGCAUCUCCGUUCUGUCCUUCAGGGUUGUGUCAGAGAGGUGUGAUGGGAGACGACAGUGUGAAAUGAUGGCCAAUAAUAAUGUUUUCGGGGACCCGUGCCCCGAUACUAGUAAAUACGCAGAGGUGAAAUACUACUGCCAACCUGUUGAUACUCCAAAACCCCCUUCUCCUCCUACGUCUGCCACAACAUCAUCUACAACGCAAAGUACAAUACCUACAGAGCCAAGCACGACUACCACAACAACUACUACUACUACUACCCCCAGCACCACCCCCAUCCCCUCUUCGACAACAACUACCCCUGCUCUUACCACUGCUCAUCCCCCACCCCCUAUAUCCUCCGUCCCCACCCCCACCCCAUCCCCCACCCCCACCCAGCAAACAUCGUCAAUGGUUCUACCUAGAAAUAACACCAGAAAGCCAACGCUACCACCAGCUGAGAUUAGUAGUGGAAGGGAGACAACUCUUCCUCCUCGACCGCCAACCACAAACCGACCAUACAAUAUUCGGGUGUGCAAGACCGUGAGGGCUGAGGGGGUGUUAUGGCCAACAACUCUCAUUGGAAGAUGGGCAAAGGCAGCUUGCCCUGGGGAGCUUAUUGGCACUGCGAGAUGGCUGUGCAGUGAGAGAGGCUGGGUGGGCGGCCCUGACCUCAGUGAAUGUGUCUCUCCCUGGGUGAAGACGAUUGAUGCCAGUAUAGAUGAAGUGCUCCAAGGCGAUGCGUCGUCCCAGGAGGUGAUGACGAUGUUGGAGAACGUGACAGAACGCGAGAUCAAUGCAGGCGAUCUGAAACGCACAACCCAAAAACUGCUGCCGAAGCUGAACCAGGCUUUGAGAACGGAGAUGGAAGCCGCUCAGGAUGUGCCAGUUGCCAUUCGCAGGAAGAAGAUAAAGAAGUUUGCUCAGACAUUUGUGAACACAAGUAGUAACCUGUUGUCACGGAAACAGAAGAAGUCGUGGGACCUGCUGCCGAAGUCCCAGUCCCAGGAGGCGGCGACCUCACUGAUCAUCAGCGUGGAGAAGUCCGCCUUCCAUGUAGCCGAGGUCAUGGAGGUCAAUGAUGCCAGCACCAUGGUCAGCGAGAAUCUCGUGUUGGAGGUUAACGUGAAGAAUGUCCUUGGUGGCAUUGAACCCAUGACCUUCCCAUCCAAAGAGGUCAAGGAGGAUGCUUCAUGGAAUAAGAGGUCAAACCAUAUCUCCAUCCCAGCUCGAAGCCUUGUCAAUGCAGCCAAAAAAGGUGUGGUGACUGUUGUUUUCGUUGUUUACAACAACCUGGAGCAGUUCAUGCAGCCCAGGAUGCAGUCAGAGGAUCAGCCCGAGAAGGAGGUCAGAGGUCGAAGCACCUCAGACAUGUCCAAUGAGAUCAUCGUUACUUCCCCCGAGGAGGAGGAGAAGGAGAAGAAGAAGGAGAAGGUCGUCAACUCCAACAUCAUCUCAGCGUCCAUCAACAACAGAGAGGAGGUCAAGCUUUUUGAGCCUGUCGAAUACACUAUGCAACAUUUAAAUCCUGAAGUGAAAUCCAACCCCCUGUGUUCAUACUGGAAGAUGGAUGACAGUCAAAAGCGAGGGCAGUGGUCACAAGAUGGCUGCAGCAUGAUCCAGACAAACGACACCCAUACAACCUGCAAGUGCAACCACUUGACCAACUUCGCAGUUCUCAUGGACAUCACUGGCACCAAGCUGUCGCCGGGCCACAUCCUGUCUCUGCGCAUCAUCACCCUCGUGGGCUGCAUCAUCUCCAUCAUCUGCCUCCUCCUCACCUGGAUCACCUUCGUUGCCUUCAAGAACCUCCAGUGUGACCGAACCACCAUCCACAAACACUUGGUGUACAGCCUCAUGUUGGCCGAGAUUAUUUUUGUGGUCGGAAUUGGUCAAACAGAUCUAAAGAUCCUGUGUUCAAUCAUCGCCGGACUGCUCCACUUCCUGUUCCUAGUGGCUUUCGCCUGGAUGUGUCUGGAAGGUGUCCAGUUGUACGUCAUGCUCAUCGAGGUGUUCGAGACGGAGAGGUCCAGACUCAAGUGGUAUUACCUCUUCGGCUAUGGCGUCCCCCUCAUGAUCGUGGCUAUCUCUGCUGCCGUUUACCACCAGGGCUAUGGCACCGAGGCUCAUUGCUGGAUAAACACUAAGAACCACUUUAUCUGGAGCUUUGUGGGGCCGGCCUUGUUUGUCAUGACAGUGAAUGUGGCCAUGUUAAGUAUUGCUAUAUACAUGAUGUGCAAGCACGCUAACACUGCCAACUCACUGAAAGAGAAGUCCAAGCUGCAGAAACUCAGAGCUUGGAUCAAGGGGUCGCUGGUGCUGGUUGUGCUGCUAGGGUUGACUUGGAGCUUUGGUAUUCUGUUCCUCAAUCAGGAAUCCGUUGCCAUGGCGUACAUCUUCACGAUCCUCAACUCUUUGCAGGGAGCCUUCAUUUUCAUCUUCCACUGCAUCAUGAAUGAGAAGGUUCAGAAGGAAUAUCGCAAGAUAGCCCGUAGGACAACAUGGCUGCCCAAAUGUAUCCGUGUCAACUUUGGCGGCUACAACGGACACUUGUCAAGCUCCCCAAACCAGUCGUCUGGAUCCGGCCACAAUUACUUUUCGAGACUGUUUCCGGGCCGACGUCGCAACCGGUCACCAUCAGCUUCUACCAACAGCUCCACCAAGCCGUUCCUCAGCAGCAAAGGACAUCGCCAAAGUCUGACUGUCAGCUCCACCAGCCGGGAAAGCAGCUUGUACCCUUCCACCAUCAAUGGCUAUGUGUACACCGCCAACAACAACGACCCCCACAAGUCACCCACGAGUAACGGGAAGGGAUUCACACCCUUGUCUCCCUGCUUUGAAAAUGGCGGCAUUGCCGGCGACCUUUCGGAAGUCAUUGACUGCUCCGUGAUUGACAGCGAGGCAGUGACCGAGUAUUGCCACAACAAUCUUCAAGUCUGUGAAGAGAAGAAGCGGUAUUCCUCCGGCUCAGAAGAUUUCAAACCAGUUGAGGAAAUUGAACAUGACCGACUCUCCGCUCUCUCUUACAAUUCCGUAGCCAAGAAUCGCGAUUCAUUCAUCUCCGAUACUGAUGAGGACGGGAACAGUGAGACUGGAUUCACAGGAGAUAUGGAGAGGAAUCUUAUCAACAGGUUGGUGGUGCCAGGGUCUCGGAAGAACGGUGUGUCCAAAGUGAGAAAACAGUCUCCAUCACUGGGCAACAUCAAUGAUUGUAAGGUGGAUCCACAGCAAGAUAAAGUCAAUAGUAGCACGCCGAAUCUCAAGUAUAAAGACUCUAAGGGCAAAGCAGGUGUGGUGAAAGACGCUAGCAGUGUUGUUCAACACAGCAUGCCAGAUCUAAGUUCCAAAGCUGGAGGGGAAUCGACCACAGCUAAUGGACACGUGGAACCGUUGACCUUUGUGAAUACCAAAUCAAAGGUCAAACGGCUGAGUUCAGAUAUUCAAAUAAGGUUUGAUCCCCACCGAUUUGACCUCUCGUCAACGGAUUGUUGAAAUUUCAACAGUUUAAAUUUUCAACUUUGAAAAAAGCUUAGAUUGCUGAAAUUUAUCUGUUGAUAGAAAAAGUAUUUUUCUAAUGAAUGUCGGAAAUAUGUUCUUGGUUUUGAGAAACUCAUUGUUACACACUUACAGAUUGUAAAGUUGCAUUUCCCAAAUCAUCCACCUUGCCAAUAGACUACAAAGUUGUUACACGUAAUAACAAUAUUUUUAGUUAUGAACAUUGCCGGGUAGACUGUUCUUGCACUGCUUAACGAGGUACAGUAUUAACUGUUUUCAUCUUCCUAAAUCAAAAUACCGGUACACUUACUUUAAAACAUAACUGAAAAACCCCAGUACAAACAUGAUAAUGUUUGUGUUAUUUAGAAGAUAAUCAAGCAAGAAUGUGUGCCUUAAGAUAACAUUUGAGUUCAUGUUGCUGAAAUAGAUAUAAUUAUCCCAAACUAUAUUACAGUAUGUAUUCACAUUGGCAUUUCCAAAGAAAUGAACAUAUCAUUGUUGUUGUCAUGUUGGUAUUUGUGAACUGUUUAUAAAACAUUUUUCAGUAAAAGAGUGUCAGUUACAUUGGAAUUGAUAUGAUAUUCCUAUUUAAAAUGUUGUGAAUAUGAGUUUCGUUAAUAUUUGUGAAUGAUAUGAUCAUUCUCAUUUACUGAAAACUGUUCUAUAUUGUGUGCCAUGAUGUUCCUAGAACAAUCAGUGGCUGCUGUUUUUGAACAUCAAACUUUUUAUGUUACUCUGUCAUAUCCAUUUUCAACAUUUUGUUUGUUACAUAGUUCAACCUUAAUUUUGCUUUUCACUGCAAUGCAUUUUUGCCGACUGCUAUUUUUCAGAGGGUUUUGGUUAAAUCCUGUUUUAGUAUUACGUGAGGGUAAAGACUGUAGGUGGAUCUGAUAAGAUCAUGAAAACUGAUAUUUAGAAUGCUUUGGCAUCAGAAAAAAAGAAGCCCAAUGCAUUUUUAUACCUUUUUGUUUAUUUUUCUUAAUUAUUUCCAUGUCAUCUUAAUAUGAUUAUUAAGUUGGUGUGAUGGGUUAUUUCAUGAGGAAAUAUUAAUUUUAUGUCCAGGAUUGCAGUUAUCUUUUCAUAACAGUAUCUUUAUCUACUUAAAAAGCAAUUACAAAUACCGUACAUGUGAUUUUCUCUGUACACAGUAAUUAUUUUCAAGCAAACUUCUGAUGGCGAUCUGAUUUUAUAUUUUGCUUUCAUAUGUUUACUAGUUCUGUAGCGGUUCCAAACUUUUUCUGUUUGUGUGUGUACUAGGUGUACUGUUGAUCACAAAAAAAGGAUAUUUCCCUUAAGAAUCCAAAGCUUGCGCAUUUGAAAAUGACAUAAAUACUGAUGAUAUAUCCCCUUGGAAUUUGAAGUGGGACCAGAAAAGUGAUAUGUAUAUUGAAUUCAUUCCAAAUACGACUUACCAAACGUUAGGUGAAAACAUUAAAGUGGAAUUAAAGGAAAUAUAACACAAAAGGGCUGUCUAUGAAAAAUGGGUGAGACUUUAAAGGUUAUCCAUUGUAUACAGAAAUCUACCAAAUGGUUUGGUCUGGCCUUAAUGCUGUAGACAUUAUCCUUCACUUAUUUAUUAGCCUCAUUAUUGGCCACAGUAAAUUAAUUAUAACAUUUUCAUCCACACUUUUAAAAAAAUAUGGAGCUUUUUUUUUUUUUAAAACAAACUCAGAAUGACAGGUAGAGCUACGUACUCAGUGUUUGUCAUCAAGUAUAGAAAGCAGACAUACAUAGCAAUUUUUCUUAUUAUACGUUUUUGAGACGAAAAUCUAAUAGUUAAUUUAUUAUGGCCCGAGGUGAAUCUUCCAUCAAUAGAGUGCUGUAAGCAUCGAUGGUGCUAUCUGUGUACAUAGUUUACCUUAUGUAUUAUGUCCUGGAUGUACACUUCUGUGUUGUCUAACUGAAAAGAAACUGUGACCAGAUCUGGAUAGUAAGUUACAGCUGAAAUCUGUUAGUUUUAGCCAUUUUAGAAAAUUUGGACCUUUUAUUUUCAAGUUAUUAUGACAUGGCUGUGGUCACAUUCAUGCAAAAUCUGCAAGUUUUUAGGAUAGUAUUGUAUAGUCACUUGUUAACACACUGUUGUGUAAUGUAUUGUCUUCCUGGCAACAUGCCAUAUCCCAGUAAUGGCAUUAAACUCAUGUUUGUUAAAGUAUCAAGUGUGAAAGGGAAAAGGCCCUUCACAGGUUAAAAAAAUUAUUUUGAAUAAUAUAUGUAUAGACUUGAUGAAAACAUGUUUGUUACAUGGAGAAAGAAAUCCAAAGUUGAUUUUCCUGAUAAACCGCAGGAUAUAUUUGGUUUUGUGAAGUCUUCGACUUUUAGUACUCAUGAAUAGCAAAUUUUGUGUUAGCUAAACUAUUUCAGAAAUAGUCUGCGUUUUAUCUCAUUCCUUAUCAGAAAUGCAAAGUUUGAAAUUGACAAGUCUAUUGUCAUAACCUUUUGACUACUUUGUCUUUUUCAUUUGUCACAAGUCCAUGUGAGAUGUUAAAAUAUGAUAUGUAAAUAUUGUGGUUCUUUGUGCCGUCAUGAAGGAAACUUGAGCAUUUUUGCCAUAUUUAUGUCUUCUAUAGGACUGAAAUUGACAAGUAUGCAUGUACAUACAUGUCCAUCAUUCAUCUCGUUUCUCCUCGUCUCAUGAGUGGGACGCUCACAUUGUUGACAUGCCUGUAGCAAAUCUCUGUUUGCAUUGAUUAUAAAGGACCAAGUUAAUUCUUGAAGAAGACAAGAGUUGUGAAUGUACAUAUAAAUAUUACCAUGGUUUCUUGUGCUAGAUCAAAGGUGAUCACAUUUGUCCAUAAUUUUGUAUGAAAUUUCCAAUCAAUUGAAAAUAAAAUAAUGUACAUAUA